AUGAAGGGGACACUUCUUCUGCUGGCCUUGCUUGUGACUGGAGAGUUGGGCUUCCAGACAACAGAAGCAUGUGUUCCUUUCUUCUCUGCCUAUGGGAGUGUUGUCUCUGGAAGCAAAAUGUGGUUGGAUCAUGAAUUUGAAGCAUACGAUGCUACUGAGGGGGAAGAGCUAGCCUUGGAAAAAAUCCAGGACUGCUACAGAGAGGGAGGAUUUAAGACCAAGCUUACUGAUCCCAAAAUUUUGGCUGAUUCUAAUAAAUGCUUGCAGCUCUGUUCUGUGCCCUGUGUCUAUGUGCUGAAUAGGAAUCAUAUGAGGUCUUCAGAGGAUCCAGGAGAUAGUGAGAGAAGUGACUUGUGUGGUCUCCUAGAUCAGAGUGACUGCCCCUGA